AUGUAUGAGAGCUCAGCGUUUCAAGACGAAACUGUUCCUCAUCAACAAUAUAAUACAUUGGUUCAGGUCUACCGUACUCGCCGACGACAGAUCCUUUCCCAUUUUGAAACAAGAAUUGAAUGCUCAUUAUCUGUGAUUUGUGAUAUAACUGUAAAAAAAACACAGACAAGAACUAGGCGUGCUCCUUUAUAUUCAAAGAUGCCAAGACUUGUCCUGCAAAACAAUUUUGGUAACAGGACAUAUGAUUUGUCAAGCAAGACGAAUUUUGUUCCUGUCAUUAGCUUGAGUGUGGAACUCGGUCAGCUUAUUUUGGCUAAUUGUUAUAAAUGCGUCAGCCUAAACUUGACGUCUUUGGUAAACUGCGCUGGUCUGUUCUUCUACUUUAUUUAUUCUGUUUCUAACUUUGAAUUCUAUUUCUACUUCUACUUCCACAUCACAGUUUGUGGCACGCGUUGUCUUGCUUUGAGAGGAAAUCUCGGUAGUAUUGAGGUUAAGACUAUGACUAAUUUGGCUUGUUUGGGGUUUUCAGAUCAAUUGUGGCGUUUUAUAUCAAUCUCCUUUACCUUUAUCUCUACCAAUCUUCCCAAUCAUAUCAAGAUACACAAAGUAUUGUGUCGCAAAGAAAAAGAAGAAGAAGAAGAUUUUUCAUGCUGCCUAUCUAUCUACCUAUCACCCCAAAUCUUGAGUUCUCACUUGUUUUUCUUAUUCGCUAUCUUACUUCUUGUCCCUGUCGCUCUUGGAAGAGGUUGA